CUCGUAUUGGAAAUCGCCUUCAUCUAAGUUAUUGCAGUGGACACCGUUCAGCACUUUAAGCGUUGGGCUUGGCAGCCGGAGUUAGCUGUCAUGACUUAUCUCCUACGGGAAUAACCUCCAGGCUGACACGAGGAGACAAAGAGCAUCGUCUAUGAAGAUGCAUAUAAGCAGUGCGUCAGCCCCAGGAAUCAUUUCUCAGCUCGACAACACAAAGUGAGUACAAUCUCACAUUCACCAACACAGCCGAAAUCCAACAGCAGCAAUGGCCAACAACACCGACCUCAAGAUCGUCUUCGGCGCCAUGACAUUUGGCAAGCCCAACACCCUGGGUGCGCGCGUCUCCGACAACGCAACCGCAUCCACCAUCCUCGACACCUUCCAAAGACACCACCACCGCGAGAUCGACACCGCGCGACUCUACGGCCACGGGUCGUCCGAGGAAAUGCUCGCCGCGCUAGCCUGGCAGUCGCGCGGCCUGACCGUGGCCACGAAGCUGUACCCCAACGCGAGCAGCCAGGUCCCGGGGGUGGAGACGUACACGCACACGGCUGCGGACGUGCGGCGGGGGCUGCAGGACAGCCUGGGCGCGCUCGACGCCGCGCAGGUCGACCUGUUCUACCUGCACGGGCCGGACCGGCGCGUGCCGUUCGCGGAGACCCUGCGCGAGGUGCACCGCCUCCACGCGGAGGGCCGCUUCGCGCGCUUCGGCCUCAGCAACUUCAUGGCCUGGGAGGUGGCGCAGAUCUGCGAGCUCUGCAUCCGCCACGGCUGGAUCCGCCCCACGGUCUACCAGGGGGUGUACCACGCGCUGCAGCGCCGCGUGGAGCCCGAGCUCCUCCCCUGUCUCCGGAAGUACGGCCUCGCGCUGUACGCGUUCCAGCCGCUGGCCGGCGGGUUCCUGACGGGCCGGUACGCGCGCCACCAGACCGAGUUCGAGGCCGGGUCGCGCUUCGAUCCGGCGAUCGUCCAGGGCGCGGUGGCGCGCGGGCGGUACUGGAACGAUACGUACUUUGAUGCCCUGGAGAGGAUCCAGGAGGUGUGUGCGCGGUUGGGGUUGACGGUGGCGGAGGUGGCGCUGCGGUGGCUGAAGUAUCAUUCCGAGUUGCGGGCGGAGCUGGGGGAUGCGAUCAUCGUUGGGGCCAGUAGUGUCCGGCAUCUGGAGGAGAAUCUGGCGGAUCUGGAGAAGGAGCCGUUGCCGGAGGAGGUGGUCGAGGUGCUGGAGGAGGCCUGGGGGUUGAUUCGGGGGGUUGCGCCUAACUAUUGGCACUGA